UCGGCGUCGAACCCGCGUUCCUGGUCGGCGAUCGCGCGUCAAUCUCCGACGCUUCUCGUAUGCGUCACCGGGACGUCUUUUUUAUCUCUUAUUAAAGAGUUGCGCUUUGAAGACGAAUUAUCAUUAUUUUAAUCGAGUCGAUGAUGUGACAAUCCGUCUGAAAUAUUAAAUAACCGGACGUCAAGAUCCUUCGGGAUUGAAAGGGGUGGGGAUUAACGAAAAAGUGAAAAACCGAUAUGGACCAAAAGUGAUACCUGGCGGGGUGGACACGACGCGGGAUAUAUAUCUGAAAACACGGAAUAUAAACUCACGAUCGGAAUUUCGCAAGAGAUUAAUCGCCGCGAUGUCAACACCGUGCGAUGUUCGCUACGGCGCGCGGAACCGCGAUCCAGCGAUCCAAUCCAGUGAUAUCGUGCCGCGACACAGUGCUGGUGAAUGAAGACGCGAGGGACGCACGGCAACAACGGUGGCGGCUUUGAAGCAGGUUUGAACGGGCCAGCCGGAAAAAUAUGGUGCACGAGGGCACGGGUCUAUGGCACGCAGCAGGAUUCAACGCAUCGAGGUGGCUGAUGAUCAUAAUACACGGAUACCGAGCCACCACCCUCGUUCUGUACGUCCUGCUCAACGUAUUGGUGCGCACCGAAUAUCCAGUGGCGGUUACGGCGGAAAUAGUCGAUGUUAAUAUAAAUGUUAACAUAAACUCGGUGGACGGCACAACAGGGAGACCGUUAGACGUCGACCUACCACCAACUUUGCCAAUGACUUUCGGCACAGAAAACUCAACAUCAGUUUCGGCGCAAUCAGGAUCCACAGCCUUGAUGCCCUGCGUUGUCCACAAUUUAGGAGAGGGCACGGUGUCAUGGAUCAAGCGAAAAAACGUACAGGAAUUACUAACUGUAGGACUAACGACGUACGCCAACGACGAGCGGUUUCAGGCAAUUCAUUUCCACCACAGCGAGGAUUGGACUCUUCAAAUAAAAUACGUCCAACCGAGGGAUGCCGGACUAUAUGAGUGCCAAGUGUCCACUCAUCCACCGACGAGUAUAUUUCUCCUGCUUGACGUCGUUGAAGCCAGAGCGGAGAUAGCCGGCCCGGCGGAGAAAUUCGUGAGGCCCGGCAGCACGUUGCAGCUUCAUUGUCUGGUGAAAAAGUCGACGGAGGUGCCGUUAUACGUCUUCUGGUAUCACAACUUCCGUAUGAUCAACUAUGACGUCGAUCAGGGCGUCAAUGUCAGCACUGAUCUCGCAAAUCGAGAAAGCUGGCUGGAGGUGCCAAAAGCGUCGGAUCGUCAUUCGGGCAAUUACACUUGCCAGGCUAACAAUGCUCAACCGGCGCGCGUCCUGGUGCACGUUUUCAAAGGCGACAAUCCCGCCGCUAUGCAACACAGCAUGGCAUCGUCGCCGUCAGUGAUGGCUUGCACUGCUUUGCUCACCAUGUUUGUCACGCUUAAGCUGGCGUUGCAGACGAACUGGACUUUGUGACGUGCGUGAGUGUAAGACUCCGUGCAUGUUGAAUUCCGAAAUGUGUGUUAGCGAAAUUGUGUAAUAUUAUCAUUUUAUCGUGUCUCUCAUCCUUUUUCGCGUGACUUCGCGGAUUGUAUCGUGCAAGGAUGUGAGUGCCCUAGUUUGCUCGCCGAAGUUGUAAAACGGCAGUAUGUCAUGGUGUUUCCAGUUGAAGACACAUCGUUAUUAUUGAUAUCGGUGGUAUCGGAACUCUCUUGGAGCUGCGAGAUUGGCUGUGAUUGAUUACUAUCCCUUCGGAUCAUCAACUUCACCUAACAUUGAAUAACGAAAUAACGUCGGAAGACCAGCUGUGAUCAUUUGCGCUAUCGAGCAGUUUAGUCCGUCGUAAGCGCAUUCAAUUACAAUUCAAUGAGGGAUAUGUAACAAUGCGAUAUGCUAAUGCAAAACAUAAUGUCAUCACUAAUGCAAAGGAUAAUGUCAUCACUACAAGAUUAUUAAUGAUCGAUCACGUGUAUUCGUCUAUAUAUUGACGCAAAUUUUGUGGAUUCAGGAAAUAUCACGUUUAAGCAAAGAUCGAUGUAAUAAGGGUAUCGUAAUAGUUCACCUGUUCGCGCGCACGUAAUUGAACGGUCAUCUGUCGAAAUCAAAAAAGUUAAAUCCUGGAAUAAAGUGCCAUCAUAACUUUCAGAUGAAUCACACUACAUCAUCCGUUCUUCUAUCGAUCGAUCGCUUACAUUCCGUGUCGCAUGUUGGAACGAGAAAUAUUAGGUCGUAAUGCAGAGGCAGAUGGUAUUGAGAGAGUGUUGGAUUAACUCCUGGUAAGAUAAUAUUCACGGUCGAUCGUUUACGAUUCGCAUGCACAUUCGAAUGGAAAAAAAAAUUAACGUUGAUACAAACGAAGACAGACUAACUCAUCAAUUCUCUCUCUCAGCAGCUAAUACGAAGAGUUCGAUAAACGUCUCGUACCGAUUUCAACGAAGUGGAAUUUCUAUCUCGCGUGAAUGUAAAACGUAUGUAUAAGAUUGAAAGUUGUUAGACAGAUAUUGAUUUGUUUAUCGGACAACGUAUGUAAUUAAACGGUUAAGUCUAAACUGGUAGAAAAAUCACAUACGCGACAGACACUUUAUUGAGAAUGCUCACCCUAUUUACGGCGCGCGUGAAAGUAAGAUUGAUAACGUGGGUCGGAACUAUUCGUAAUACGUCACGAUGCGUGAGCAUCAGCGAUCGCCAGCGACGGAUGCAUUAAAGUAACGAGGAUGAUACAUUCGCCGUCAUCGUUAAUCGCACAUUGUUACUAGCUACUUUGUUCGCGACCUGGCAGGUGUCAUAUAUACAGCAAGUGGAAGAAAUACAGUUUCGAAAAGUUGCGAAAGUAUAUAAGUCUUUCCUUAUGGACGGCCUAAGAUGCUUUACUGGCAAGUUUUAACAAGGAAUAUCUAGGAUAUGAUAUUAUAUUAUCUUUUCUCUGAUGUGUACCGAGUUUGAUGAGUGAUAAAUGGUGGAUACAAGUGAAAUGCUGAGACUUAAGCAAACAAACUCAACUUGCUACUAUGUGUUUUAUAGAAUGACUCUCGCAAGCCGCGCGCGCAUACAAGCGAACAUCUGUUAAGUGCUCCUGGAUGCGAAACUAUCGUGCCAAGAUUCUUUUAUAAUUAGAAGUUUACUGAGAAAGUCAAGUCUAAGAAUUCUUAAACCACUCGCAAUCAGAAAAGCAUAUUUGCAUUUGUAAAAAAUGUUUCCGAUAAAUUUAAUCCCAU